CCGUUUAAGGAAGGAGAAAAUGAAGAAUCGACAAAGCACGCAAAAUGCACUGUAUAUCCAUAUGGGCUGAGAUAAAAUGAAGAAGUAAAUUUUAACUGGUGCCCAUGACCCUUUUCUGUCUCCUGCUGCUUCUGUAGGACUUUUCUUUGCCCAGAAAAUCUACAAUAUAGUGUUGGGUUAGCUGGGUGCUAUGUCAGAAGGGAACCGGCCUAAGAGCGGCCUAAGUCAAGCCAGCAGCACAGCCACCAUCUCUUCCGUCUCCAUGGGAACCAAGCGACACUCUGCCCGGUCUGUCCAGAAGGUGCACACAUUUGGAAAGAGAGCAAAUUCAAUCAAGAGAGACCCCAAUUCACCCGUCAUCAUGCGUGGGUGGCUUUAUAAGCAGGACAGUUCAGGUCUUAAACUCUGGAAAAGGCGGUGGUUUGUCCUUUCCAAUUAUUGCCUCUUCUAUUACCGAGACAGCCGUGAAGAAAUGGUUUUGGGCAGCAUCCCUCUCCCCAGUUAUGAGAUUCGCACAGCUUUCUCCAAAGAAAAGAAGAACAGGCGCUUUGUAUUCAAGGCUGAACAUCCGGGCAUGAGAACCUAUUAUUUCAGCGCAGAAACCCAGUUGGACAUGAAUAGCUGGAUCAGGGCCAUGAAACAGUCGGCAGCUGCUGAAUGCAACUUUGGAACCUACAAUCGAGGUCUCCACAGCCAGUCUGUGUCCACCCACACCAGCUUUGAGGAUGUUACACUCGUGCCGGAGGAGUGUGCAAAAAGCUCAGAAUCCCUGGAAAUCACCCAUCUCUCGAAGAAGCGGGAGGAUGAGGUCUCUUCAUCGGAGAGCCUCCACGCACAGGACAGUCAGACGGGUUCCCCUUCCCCGAGGAGGAUCUCUUUGUCCAGUUCCUUCAAUGGGGGGUACCUCCAGGAAAUGAAAGAUCAACCAGAUUUAAGCUCCCUGUCUUCCCAGACUCAUGGCUGCCCCUCCCCUGUGUCCUGCACAAAAUUCAUCACGCGGCCACCAUCCCCACCUCCCCCUCACCGCUCUGAAAGCCCCUCACCCUCUUCCCUUUCCAGAACCCCUCAGCCUUCCCCUCUUCUUUCCAUUCGUUCCUCUCGUUCCUAUUCCCUCCCGUUGACGCCAGCCGACUCGCCCCGGGUGCCAGAGGCCAGUCCAUCACAGCCGGCUCACAUUCGCCGAAAGCCCCCCCGGACGACCACUGCACAGGCUGCCUCGUGUGAAGAUAUUUCUGCUGGGACGUCUCCGCGGACUCUUGUCGUGCGCCCCAACACGCCCAUGGGGAGAGUAGACAUUGCCCCCAGCGAGGGCCCUCCUAACAACCCAUACGGCGUCCUGUCACCCACCACCAGGGGCCGCUCCUUGACCCCUGCAGACCGUUAUGAUGUCCACCCUUCCACUGAAGACCCCUAUGGUCGGCGCUACGCCCGGAGCCCUCACCCCCUCAGAGCACGGCCAGCGGGUGAGGAUGGCCUAACACCCUCACUGGGAAGACCGCAACCAAACAGAGUGAGUAGAUCAACAGUGGGAGAGCUGUUUAUAGAUCGAGGUUACGUUUCCCCAUCGAGUGGACCAUCCCGUGCUUUGGUCAUGUCUCGGCUUCAUGGCCGACUGAUCACCCCCCACUCAGCCUCAUCAAGUUACUUGCACCUUCCGCCCCUGCCCCCCAUGCCCAACCGGCCCACCCCUGGGAAAAGGACAUCUUUAGGGACCAUGAGCCGGAAUCCUGCGCGGGAGAGAAACAUCCAUUCUGGGAGUGGGCGGUUUGAAAGUGAUACUGACGCUCUUUUGACAAAACUGUGUGGCCAAGACAAAUUGCUUUGUGGUCUUGAAGAGGAAAUGGUGCAACUCCGGGCUGAAAAGGAGCGUCUCGAAAAGGCCCUGGAGGUGACGCGCCAGAGGCUGGAAGACUUCAAAGGCCAGGAUGCCACAAUGGAGAAAAUUAGCUACCAACAAAGGCAGUUGCAAGAUGAAUUAGUGCAAAUCCGAGCUCGUCUCUGUGACCUGGCACUGGAUUGUGAGCGAGCGUGGGAGGAUUAUGCAGCCUUGGAAAAUGAAUUGCAGAUGCUAAAGGGCUCCUUAGAGCAUAUUCGGAGAGUAGGGCAUCCCCAGGACCAAACGGCUGCUCAGCAAGAUUUAUGGAGGAUCCAUGACAUCCUGGCAGGACUGAGGUCCAGCCCAGCCAACUGUCACACCCUGGAAAGCAGAAGAUCAGGUGUCUCUCCAGCCAGCAUCCCAGUCCUGGAUUCUCAUCUGGGGGUGAACCAUAGUCCUUCGCUGCCUGGGGCCAGAAUGGAGGAAUCUGAAGUCGCCCUUCCUCCAAAAUCCAGCAUUUCCUUCCAUGAAUCCACCCUCAGCCACACUUUGGCCCUGGGAGAGCCAAGCAAAACUAUGAGCCAACUGGAGAGCAGACAGCAGGAUGGCAUUGGUGCUCGGGGUCAGCCCCCAAGUCCGCCUACUUCCAACAGAGGGCAGCAGGGGGCUCCAUCGCACCAUUCCAAUGGGAUCAUGGGGUCUCCCACCCAUUGCUCCAGCCAACCCUCAGAACUUGAGAAAGGGAAUCCAGCAAGGGGAAUACAUCCUGUUGGUCUUGAUCAUGGAAAUCAUACCAGUGUAUUAAACAAGGAUGCUGAGCACAGUGUGGCCAAGGUGGCCUCUUCUGAAACAACAGUCUCACGUAGUGGCCGCAUGAGUGCCCAGGAGCAGCUGAUCAGGAUGCAACGAAACCAGGAGGCCAGAAGAAAAUCAGAGGCUGCGCAGGCCAGCACUCAGGGCAGCUGGCGAGACUCUUUGAAGCGUGGGUCCGGCCGGGUGGGUGUGAAGCCUUGCACGGAGGAAGACUCUAGACAUGGGAGAGUGCCCCUCCCCAAUAACUCCCCUGAGUCAUCACCCAAGGAGGGCGUGCAAAGUGGGGGACUCAAGCCUCCUCGAUGCCCCCCAACCCCCGAAUGGGAACGACAGCGAGUAAUCCAGCUCUCCUACGCGCUGGCAGCAGAGGCUUCGCAGCAGCGGGGGAAACGCCUUGCAGGAAGGAGCAGCUCUCACUCCUCCUUAGAUGAUAACUCUGCAACCCAAGAAAGCCAGAAUCAUCAUCACCUCCCGAAUGACAGCAUCUACAAGAACCCAGAAUCCAACAGUAGGACAUCUGAGCAUGACUAUAAAGCCACUCUAAAUCUAAGCUGUAGCAGUAACUCUGGAACAACAAAUAAGGCAUCAUCUUCAUCUUAUCCAACCAAUCAAAAGCCAUGUGCCUUGAAAGCUUCAGACUGUUCACUGCCUCACACUGAUGAGGACGGUCAAUUGUCAUCAAAGCCCAAAAGUCAACAGUUGACAUCACACCUAAAAGAAUCAACCAAUAAGGAGUCAGCUCUGUUGGACAGUCCUCCCAGGGUGGCAACCGUACAUCAAUCGGCCAAUCAGAACUUGUGUUUUUCUGGAGUGGCUGACUGGCCUCCGACUGUGUUAUGGGACAGUGAGGUGUGGGCCUCUGAGCAUAGCCUUGGGGGUAAUCAGGGAAUCCCAGCCAAUGGUAGGUGCCCCAAGUGGAGAGGUGAGAAUGCAUCACGCCAAGUGGUCAGCUACUUCGGAGACAGUACGCGGCCUGUCAAAGUCACACUGGUGAAAACCAGUUUUUAGUUUAUAUGGUUACAGAGGGUGGGGAUACUGGUCAGGUGUAAAGCUGCUAGCCUGCCAAUAUCUAGAGGUCCAUCAUGAAGAAAUAAGAUAAGGGGUUGGCAGCAGCAGAGUGCAGUUUUCAUGUCCAUGGUGUUGACUAAUACUCCAUUUUGAUAAAGUAUCCAACAUCUUGUAACCUCAUUUUAAAACCUUGAAAUUUUAAGGAGUCUGACUCAUGCACUCAGAAACACAUUCUCUUACACGCAGGCAUCCCCACCUGCAUAUAUGCACCUAUAACUACGUAUAAAGGAGCAUACCUUGCCCCAUCAGUAUUAACACUCAAUCUUCACAUGCCAGUUUAGGCUCUUGUUGUACUAUGUAGAGUGCUUUACACUGUGUUUGUGCAACAGUAUGUUGCUGUUAAGUACGUUUAUGGUACCCAGCUCCCACAUGAAACUGUGAUGUGGGAAUUGAAAGUUAAGCCCCUUUCUGGAGCUCAGUGAUUGUCUGGGGAUACAGCAUUCUGUGGUUCUCUCUCUUUGAAAUGAGGGAAAUGUGUCUGAGAUCAAGCGAUGUGCCCAGGGCCACUCAGUGAAUUACUGUAAUAUCUAUCCAGACCAAGGAUGUAUGUAUAUAGAAGCCUGCCCAAGGAAAUAGUUACGGGAAGGUGCCAAUAUAAAAAAUAUGAGAUCCAUACUUAGAUAUUCAUUAACAUUCAUUAACUGUGGGAAACUUCUUCAUCCACAUGGAACUACACAUUCACACCUCAUUUUGCCAAGCCAUUUCUUGACACAUAUUACCUUGUUCGGUCAACAUACUACCUUCUUCAGAGAAAUCUGCAGAAGUUACUGGCCACUCAAAUGAUUUAGCUAGUUGCCGAUCAGUGCACCCUAAUGGUGCGAAACAACAGCAACAAUGAACUCUUGAGUCUACCAAGAUUUACUUUCAUCAUCCCUUGAAGGCAACUGAUAAACCACCCACCCUGUGGGUGUGAGAGGAGGAGAUUGCGAUGGCUUGGUGUGAUAGAUCUCUGAGGAGGCCCAUAGGCCUAACAGAAAUGAUUUCUCAGCAUGUUAGGGGAUGAUUGUUCUAGCAUUCCACUCUAGCAGGUGUUCAUGUUUUCUUGGCCUUGGUGGCGCCCUGGAUAUAUGUGCCAUCUUUCAGGAGCAAUGGGGCUGUUUAUUUGAGGCAAUUAAAUUUAAAAAAACACAUUAUAUAUCAUUUGCUGAGUGUGCGUACCCACAGCUAAAGUGCCCUGGCUCAAGGGCUUUGCUAUCAGGUGAUUCAGGAAUGCCUGCAGUUGCACAGUGUCAGGAAAAGGAAAAACCAAGGGAAAGGGGGUCUGGUCUGCUAUUGGGAAUGGGUGAAGGGGGAUUUUGCAUCCUGUCAAAGGCGUGGGGACUUUGGACCACGGAGGAAGGAUGUAGACACGCAGUAGACAGGCGGGUCUGCUCAGGGAAACACAAGGGAUGUCUGGUGAAGUUUGGUGCCCAUUAAAAGGAGCAGAGCUUGGAAAGGGGACUGUUUUGUGCCA